AUGCACAUAUUUGCCAAUGUGUCGCGCUGCGCUGAGCGGGCGGAGGGGAGAGGCAGCACCAGCACACACAGACACGCCCUUGACAUCAACCAUGGAAGGAGGAGCGAGCGGCAGCGCAGGAGCGGCGUCCAACUCAAUCACCCUCCCUGUCGCUUGCCCGUGCUCGCGGUGUUAUAAUUCAUCGACUCAUCCGCUGAAGAAGCCUGACGUCUUCCAACUACAUUGAUUGAUUGAUCGGGCGGCUUGGUUGGCUAGUAAGAGCGACCGCUGCUGCUACAGCAGUAGUCAAGCAACAACCACAUCGCAAUUGAGACACAACAGACAACACACACACGCACACACGGCACAGGCAGGAGGGAGUGGCGGCGCCCAACGUUACUCGUGUAGUGUUGUGUGCACAUUCUCUCCUCCAAGAAGCACACACAGCCAACAUCAGAUCACUAUAAUAGUCUAUGGACUGUUGAUGACCUUGUGAGACCAUGUUCUACGCAAGCAACUGUUUUGCGGGCCCUUGUUUUGAUGAUGCAGUAGGUGUUAUGGUUUUUGUGUUCGCAAAACCCACGCACUCGGGGCUCAAGCCUCACUCAACUCCACCACCAUAACAAUCCUGUAUCAUAUCUAUGUUAUCAUUUGUUGCAUCGGUUGAACCCAACCUACUGCUGUUCUAAGGUACUUCCGACAGGUGGACGUACAUGACAUAGACUAUAUACUAUAUGUACACGUACCCACCGCUGUAUGCGCAGCAGACAGCCGUAACCCCCC